UACUUGCUUGAAUUACAAUGCAAAAUGGCGGCUUCCAGUGAAUAUUUACAAAAAGCAUGACUUUGAAGGAUAGUUUCUGGUAAAAAAACAAAUAAUCAUGGCUAGUAUGCUGAGAUCUGUUGUCCCAAGAAUACACAGAUUAAAAAAAGCUGCCUACUCGUACACUUGGGAUAAGAAAGCAGAUGAGAUCCUGCCCGACCACUAUAAGAGGCGCUGUAUAGACUUCCAAACCAGGGAACCAAAGCCCGUUCACUACGUACCAUCAGAAUCUAAGUGGAGAUAUGAUGUGUCACAACAUCGACCGGUGCCUGUACAAGAUGUUCCACCCCAGCUCACCUACUCUGAAGAUAUCCUAAAGGGUUUGUUUGGAGGAGAGGGCUACAUACGAGGCUUCAGGAGAAAGUCAAAGUUUAAACCAAGAGUACCUCGAGUAUUUGCCCCAGAGGUAAAGAUGCAGUAUCUUCACAGUGAGAUUCUCGAUCAGUGGUACGAUAUCCACACCACAAACCGUGUUAUGAACCAGAUCACCACACUAAUGGGACUCGAUCACUACAUCUUGACUACCCACGAGAGGGACCUGAACUCACAACUUGGUAUGACUCUGAAGCGACAGAUGUUGGUGGCUCUAGCACAGCCUGAGAAACUCUACCCAGACAACCCAAAGAAACAGAAAUUUAUAUUGAAGUCCUAUGGCAAAUACACAAUUCCACUGGAGGAGGCGGAAUGGAUUGGCCUGCCUGUUUCUGCUGCCAUUGCCAAAGCUAAAGCCGAAAUAAAAGCCAAUAAAGAGGCUGAGGCAGGACCUCUGAAGGAUGUGUACAGAGAGCAGUACAUCAACAGGUUAAGGAACCCAGACAUGGUGCCUGAUGCCGAUACCACGGACUAUUAUGGAAAGUAACCAGCCAGGUGUAAUCAGGUGUGGGUGCUCAGGUGAGAUGUGGCCAGGUGCUACUUGAGGAACUUAUCAACUCAAAGAGGAGCCAGCCUUCAGUACAAGGACACUUCAGGAAAUGUCUAUCUUUGUGUGCUAUUCUCAGUGUGACAGUGGCAUGUCCCACUUUGUUAGUCAAAAUGUUAGGACGACACAAAAUUAGAAGACCUGCUCGAUUAUUAAGUUUAAUUUUAUUGGAAAGUGACUGAAUAUUAACCGAAAUGUAAGACCUUCAAAAAGUCUUUUAGAAGGAAACAGUAAUGAGCAGAAACUGAUUCUGAAUACACAUGGGCUCUAAUACCAUGAACUCUAUCAGAUAUGUUGCAUACAAACAAUAUUUUCAUGCUGAAUUACAAUGUUGGAACAACUCAAAUGUAUUUGAAAGCAAAAUUAAAAGUCAUUUUGUAGAAA